AUGGCAAAUAACAAUGGUUAUGUUAACUUAUUAGCGAGCCAAGGGUCAAUUGACUUUGGCUCAUCACAACCUUUUUUCUUUACCGGUCAAAGUAGUGAUGAGUCUAGUGUCAAAGAGAGGAGAAAGUGGACACCGAAGGAGGAUUUAAUCCUCAUAGGUGCGUGGCUCAACACCAGCAAAGACCCAAUAGUGAGCAACGAACAAAAAGCUGGUGCCUUCUGGAAGAGAAUUGUAGAGUACUACAAUUCUAGUCCUCUCCUGGUUGGGACUAUCCCACGAGAACUUGGGCAAUGCAAGCAAAGAUGGGCUCGGAUCGACGAUUUGGUAUGUAAGUUUGCUGGCUGCUACGACAUGGCACUGAGGGAGCAGACAAGCGGGCAAAAUGACAACGAUGUGAUGAAGUCUGCCUUGGAUAUCUUCCACAGUGACCAGAACCAGAAGUUCAACUUGGAACACGCGUGGAGGGAGCUUAGGCAUGAUGUGAAAUGGUGCUCCACCAACCUUGAGAAAGAAAAGCGCAAACCAGUGGAUCCUGUUGCGAACGAAGGGUCAGUGCCAGAGCCAGAAGAGAGACCAAUUGGAGUGAAGGCUGCGAAGGCUGCUAAAAAGAGAAAGAAAACUGGAAAAGAAGAAGAAUUGGCAAAGCUUGAGAAUUUGUUGGAAAUAAAAAAACAAAUCUCAAAGGAAAGUUUGCUAGAGAGUUUGCUUGCAAAGCCCGAGCCUCUCUCUGAGAUGGAAUCAGCUCUCAAAAUAAAACUUAUGUCUGCUUUGUUGUAG